CUGAGGGGAGAGCGCAUGGGCAGACAGACCGCGCGUCCGUGUGUCCGGAGCGGCGGGGCCGAGCGGGCGCCAUCUUCCCGGCUCCCUGAGGGGCGUGCUGCUUCUGAGGAGGCUGCGGCGACGAGGAGUGCCCGCGUGUCCCACUCGGCAGCCGUGCCUCCAUGUGGUGGUGUGUGUGCGCUCCGCAGCGAUCUCGAGAGCGAAGAUCUCGAAGGAUUUCCUAGUUAAGUUGCUUUUACAGAAUUAACAGGUCUCCAAGAAAAAAAAAAUUAAAAAGGUCAUUAUUGCUGUGGUUUGAGCUCAGCAUGGCUGUAGUCAUCCGUUUACUGGGGCUUCCUUUUAUUGCGGGGCCUGUGGAUAUUCGUCACUUCUUCACGGGAUUGACUAUUCCUGAUGGAGGAGUGCAUAUAAUUGGAGGGGAUGUAGGGGAGGCUUUUAUUAUCUUUGCAACAGAUGAAGAUGCAAGACGUGCUGUAAGUCGUUCAGGAGGGUUUAUCAAGAAUUCAUCAGUAGAGCUCGCUCUUAGUAGCAGAGCAGAAAUGCAGAAGACCAUAGAAAUGAAAAGAACUGAUCGCGUAGGAAGAGGGCGACCAGGAUCUAGGACAUCAGGGGUUGGCGGCCUGUCUGAUUUUGUUGAGGCUAUUGAGGAAGAAGGAAAUAAAUCUGGAUAUGGCUCUUCAGUUAAUCAAGAUGCUAGGUUUCAUGCUAACGGUACGGGACGUGGUGAUCUAAGACCAAAAAAGACAAGGCCACUGAAGGCUGAGAAUCCUUACUUGUUUCUCCGAGGUUUGCCUUACUUGGUGAAUGAAGAUGACGUACGAGUCUUUUUCUCUGGUUUGUGUGUUGAUGGAGUAAUUUUCUUAAAACAUCAUGAUGGCCGAAACAAUGGUGAUGCCAUAGUAAAAUUUGCCUCGUGUAUUGAUGCUUCAGGAGGUCUUAAAUGUCACAGAAGUUUUAUGGGUUCAAGAUUUAUCGAAGUCAUGCAAGGCUCAGAAAGACAGUGGAUUGAACUAGGAGGUGACGCAGUUCAGGAGGAUGGUGUUCCUGCAAGCUCUGAUGAACAUUCUUCAGCAAGAGGAAUUGAUAGACAUUUUCGAAAACGGUCUCAUUCAAAAUCUCCCAGAAGAACACGCUCUCGUUCCCCUCUUGGAUUUUAUGUUCACUUAAAAAAUCUGUCCCUUAGUAUUAACAAAAAAGAUUUAAGAAAUUUCUUUAGAGAUACUGAUCUGACUAAUGAACAGAUUCGAUUUCUAUAUAAGGAUGAAAGAAGGACAAGGUAUGCCUUUGUGAUGUUCAAGACUCAGAAAGACUAUAAUACUGCUUUAACUUUGCAUAAGACUGUUUUACAAUAUCGUCCAGUUCAUGUCGAUCCAAUUUCUAGGAAACAAAUGCUGAAGUUCAUUGAAUAUUAUGAAAAGAAGAGACCAGGGUUAACAGGAAAAGAGAGGUCUGGACGUGUUUCACAAAAAAAUUCUCAAGAAGGCUCUUCUGGCCAGAAACUCUGCAUUUAUAUGAGAAACUUUCCAUUUGAUGUCACGAAAGUCGAAAUACAGAAAUUCUUUGCAGACUUUUCUCUUGCUGAGGAUGAUAUUUACUUGCUUUAUGAUGACAAAGGUGUUGGUCUGGGAGAAGCACUGGUGAGAUUUCAAUCUGAAGAACAGGCGAUGAAAGCUGAACGUUUAAACCGGCGGAGGUUCUUGGGAACAGAGGUUUUACUAAGACUCAUAUCUGAGGCACAAAUGCAAGAGUUUGAAGUAAAUGUGAUGUCUGGUGAGAAAACACAAAGCUAUUCACCAUCACGUGACCGAGAUGACCGCUCCCAUGUAUUUGGCUCCAGAGAAGCACCGGUGUACUCGUUCGGCUCCUCGGAAAGCUUUAGGCAUCCCCAGAGGGAUUCCCGGCACCUUCCAGAAGACUUCAGGCGUUCCCCAGAGAACUUCAGACGCUCCCCGGAGGAUUUCAGGCAUCGGCGGGAGGAGCAUUUCAGGAGGCCUCCUGAGGAGGACUUCCGGCGUCCGAGAGAGGAAGACUGGAGACGGCCAAAUGAGGAGGACUGGAGAUGGUCAGCGGAGGAGGAUUUCAGGCGGCUUCCAGAAGGAGAUUUUCGGCGGCCACCCGAGGAGGAAUUGAUGCCUUGGGAAGAGGAUUCAUGGUGCUCUCCGGAGGACAGCUUCAGCCAGCCUAGGGAGGAGAACUUCAGGCGGCCGCCUCAUGGGGAAUGGAGGCGAGCACCUGAGGAGGAAUUCAGGCAACCCCCCGAAGAGGACUCCCGGCGGCCCCCGGAGGAGGAUUUCAGACGUUCCCCUGGAGCAGAGGCCAGGCGGUCACCCCCUGAACAUUUCCGGCGGCCACCUCAGGAACGUUUCCGGCGACCACCACCAGAGCACUUCAGGCGGCCACCGCCGGAGCACUUCAGGAGAGCACCCCCGGAGCAUUUCAGGAGAGCACCGCCGGAGCACUUCCGAAGGCCGCCCCCGGAGCACUGCCGAAGGCCGCCCCAGGAACCCUUCCGACGUCCCCCUCCGGAACAUUUCAGACGCCCCCGAGAGGAAGAUUUCAGGCACGAGUCCGAUGAAGACUUCAGGGACCCUGCUGAUGAAGACUAUGGGCUCUCUCCUGACGAGGACUUCGGGAGCCCUCAGGAAGAAGACUUUAGACACCCUUCUGAUGAGGACUUUAGACAGCGCCCUGAGGAAGACCUCAGGGAUGUCCCCGAGAAGGAUCCCGGGCCUCCAGAAGGCGCUAGGGCCCCUGGUGAGGCUUUUAGGAGUGCGGCUGGCGAUUUUAGAAGUCAUCGUCCUUUCGUGAAUUUUGGUCGUCCAGAAGGCGGCAAGUUUGAUUUUGGAAAGCAACGCAGUGUGGGAGGUUUUCCUGAGGGGAGGUUUAUGCCUGAUUCAAAGUUAAAUUGUGGUUCAAGUAGAGGAACUCCCAUUAAGAUUAUAAAUCUUCCAUUUAAGGCUAAUGUUAAUGAAAUUUUAGAUUUUUUCCAUGGUUAUAGAGUCAUAACGGAUUCAGUUUCAAUUCAGUAUAACGAGCAAGGAUUGCCUACAGGGGAAGCCUUUGUUACUAUGGUAAACUAUAAUGAAGCCAUGGCUGCUAUUAAAGAUCUGAAUGAUAGACCAGUUGGCCCCCGCAAAGUUAAGUUAAUGUUACUCUAGCGACUAUAUAUUUAAAUUGUUACCUUCCACAGUAUUGGUGCAGUAAGAUGCAUUUAAAAAAAAUGUUUACUUGUAAUUAUCUAGUGAAGGGAAGCAUUUAAUUUUUGAACUGUGAAACAAAAAAUGUAAAUAGAAUUUGACUUUUGGACUUGGAAAUUAGUGUUCAUUUUUUCUAAUUUAGAACCACAUAUGCCCUUUUUCUUUGAAAGAGAUAAUUGAUUCCUUGAGUUCAAUAACUUUUGUUGAUGUUACGGAUAAAUUUCAAGACUUGCGUAGAGUUGUGUUUGUGAAAGACAGAUUUUCCAUUCACUUUCAUUCUGUAGUCUACACCUUUUAAAUCCUUUUGUGUAAGGAGAUGGUCAGUGACUGUUCAGGUUUAGCAUUUUCAUUGCUACUUGCCUUCAAAAUCAAUGCCCACUUUCUUGUCUGAGAUACUGUUUUAAGCUUCCUGUUAAUUACAAAUAGUUCAAAAUGGACAGACUGUGAACCUGAAUAUACUUAUGUAAAACACUUAGGUGAUUCUUGAAGUUCCCAUGUUCAUAACUUUGCAGUUUUAUAAAAAUAAAAGUAUUACAACUGAAUAGAGCAACUAGUUAACUUGUAUUUAUAUAGAAAGAAAAAAGAAUUGCAGCUCAAUAUUAUGAGGUUUUUCAACUGCUUAUGAUGGGUGGGACCAAAUAUUGUAUAAUAGUGAUGUGCAAUACUUUUGUUUCUUCAACAUUUAUUAAUAUAUUGAUAAAGACAAAAUACUCAAAAAAUAAUAAGAAUAUAAUUUUAGGUCCAAGGAGACUUUCUUCUCCUUUUUCUUCCCUGGCAAUUCUUUGACAAAUGGAUAUAGUUUCUUUUCUAGGAAGAUUUUAUUAAUGACAUAUAUAACUUGUAUGUUUUUUAGGUUCUUAUUUUUUAGCUUCAAAACUUGGGUGUCUGUUCAGAGACUCAGAAACAACUGUAAGACUUGAGAGAUUGGAUUUUGAUUUGAUAAUUAACAUUUAAUGUAGACAUUUUACAAAUUUGAUUUUCUAUACCCAUCUCUACUGUUUAUUGGAUAAUUACUAUAUGUUAGGCACUAUAAGCACUUUAUAAACUUAUAUCCCUUAAGGAGUACAGGGCUUAUUAUUACCUCUAUUUCACCAAUGAGAUUGAUAGCCCAGAUAGGCAAAGGCUCCAGUUCAUGCUCUUAAUACAUUUGCUGCCUCAUUUUGUUAAAUUGUAUCAAUUUUAGUAAAACCAUGCUGCAAACAUUUUGAAGGGUAAGUGAUGUCUUACCACCAUUUCUGCUUUAAAAAUACCAUUUAAAAAGAUAAACCUAGAGUGUUCAAACAUUGUUAAUAAAACACCAAGUGACUAA